CCUGAAUGUGUCAUUCGGAUCAUGAGACUUGUGGUUGCUUCACCAGACCACAAACUCAAAUUCUUCUCCACUUACAAAGUAGGGAUGACUGCCUUUAACCCUGCGGUGCUGCUGCACUUUAUUCUGAUCAGCCUCGUCUCAGGGCUGCAGUUUCCAAACUCACCUUUUUCCCAAGUCCCUUUCCUGACUGUGUGGAACGCCCCAACUGCCAACUGCCUCUCUGACUAUGGCAUUGACCUUGACCUGGGAAUAUUUAACAUCGUCCAGAACAAGAAUCAAACCUUUAUGGGUCAAAACAUAACCAUCUUUUACGCUGAAAAACUUGGUCUGUAUCCAAGGUACUCCCCGCGACGAGAGGCUGUUAAUGGCGGGGUACCACAGAACAGCAGCCUUGAACAACAUCUCAGAGUUGCCAGGGACAAUAUCAGCACCUAUAUCCCUGACAGGGGUUUCCAGGGCCUGGCUGUAGUGGAUUGGGAAAGUUGGAGACCUUUAUGGGAAAGAAACUGGGACAGUAAGCAGAUAUACCAAGAGGGGUCAAGAGUACUAGUGAGGUCUAAGCAUCCAGACUGGAGCCCCAAACAAGUAGAUAGUGCAGCACGUUUGGAGUUUGGCGAAGCUGGGAGGAAUUUUAUGGAGGAAACUCUGAAACUGGGGCAGGCAGCGAGACCACAUGGUUUGUGGGGCUACUAUGGUUUUCCCAACUGUUACAACUAUUACAGCGAAAAUAGCACCGGUUACACAGGGGAGUGUCCAGCCGUGGAGCUGAAGAGAAAUGACAAGCUUCUCUGGCUGUGGCGCACUUCCUCUGCUCUGUUUCCUGACAUCUACCUCAGCGUGCUGAUGCGGGGUCUUGGCAGAGAAGUGCUCCUCUACAGUCGCCACCGUAUCCUGGAGGCAAUGAGAGUUGGGGAUCAGGUGACUCCAUUAGUGCCACCUGUGUACACCUAUGCUCGCAUCGUCUACACCUUCACGCUAGAUUUCCUCUCUCAGGAGCACCUGGUCUACACUGUUGGAGAGAGUGCUGCUUUAGGCUCCGCUGGUGUGGUUCUUUGGGGUGACCACGGGCUUUCCAAAUCUCAGGCUACCUGUAAGGCUGUCAAAUCCUACAUUGAUAGCACUCUGGGUCCUUACCUGGUUAAUAUAACAGCAGCAGCCACUCUUUGCAGUCAGGCCACGUGUUCCUCUCAUGGAAGGUGCCAGAGGAGGGAUCCGCACUCAAGGGCCUACCUCCACCUUGACCCUGCCUCAUGGAAGGUGGUGUCUGAGAGUAAGCCAGGAGGAGGGAGGAACUACAGAGUUUUAGGACAAGAGCUGCCACAUCACGUGAAACUAAUGAAGUCUGAGUUUCAGUGCAGGUGUUACCCUGGGUGGAGAGGUGAGAGGUGCUCUGAACCAGCUCAGGUAUAAGACUUUGAGUGAGUAUUGGUCAAAUAAAUGGCAGUAAAAUUUGUGGAAUUAAAAACUCAAGGAGUGCAUAUGCGCUCCUGUAAAGGAAAACUUUCAAAUCAUUAACCACUGUUUUAUUUUUUUGUUUUUGUUUUUUUUAUACAAAGAAUUGUUUUUAUAUUUUUUCUUGUAUAACUUGCAGAUGUAACAGUUUUGCACUUUUUAAAUGACUAACCAGUUAAUUGCUUCUGAGCCUUGAAUGUGUCAGUAUAAUCUCACUGGACAAUUUAUUAGAUACACCUUGCUAGUAAUGGGUUGGACCCCAUUUUACCUUCAUAACUGCCAUAAUUCUUCAUGGCACAGAUUCAACAAGGUGCUGGAAACAUCCCUUAGAGGUUUUGGUCCAUAUUGUCAUGACAGCAUCAGACAGUUGCUGCAGAUUUGUUGGCUGCACAUUCAUGAUGC